AUGGAGAGUAAAGAGAUGUUUGAAGAUACUGUGGAAGAGCAACAUAAGCGAGUCAUCAAUGAAGAAUAUAAAAUCUGGAAGAAGAUACCAUUUCUGUAUGACCCGGUUAUGACCCCUGUUCAGUGGCUUCCUGAAGUGACUAAACCAGAAGGAAAAGAUUAUGCCCUUCAUUGGCUGGUGCUGGGGACUCACACAUCUGAUGAGCAGAAUCAUCUGGUGGUUGCUCGAGUCCAUAUUCCCAAUGAUGAUGUGCAGUUCGACGCUUCCCACUGUGACAGUGACAAGGGUGAAUUUGGUGACUUUGGUUCUGUAAAAGGAAAAACUGAAUGUGAAAUUAAAAUUAAUCACGAAGAAGUGAAUCGUGCUCGUUACAUGCCACAAACUCCUCACAUCACUGCUACGAAAACACCAUCUUCUGAUGCGUUGGUUUUUGACUACACAAAACAUCCUGCUAAACCAGACCCAAGUGGAGAAUGUAAUCCUGAUCUUAGGUUGAGAGGUCACCAAAAGGAAGGCUAUGAUCUUUCCUGGAGUUCUAACUUGAGUGGACAUCUCCUAAGUGCAUCCGAUGACCAUACUGUCUGUCUGUGGGAUAUAAAUGCAGGACCAAAGGAAGGCAAAACUCUUGAUGCUAAAGCAAUCUUUACUGGCCACUCAGCCGUUGUAGGGGAUGUGGCCUGCCAUCUGCUGCAUGAGUCCUUGUUUGGAUCGGUCUCUGAUGAUCAGAAAUUCAUAAUAUGGGACACCAGGUCCAACACCACCUCAAAGCCCAGCCACGUGGUGGAUGCACAUACUACCAAGGCCAACUUCCUCCCCUUCAAUCCCUACAGCGAAUUCAUUCUAGCAACAGGCUCUGCAGAUACGAUGGUAGCUUUGUGGGACCUGCAUAACUUAAAAUUAAAACUUUAUACCUUCAAAUCUCAUAAGGAUGAGAUUUUCCAGGUCCACUGGUCUCCACAUCGUGAAACUAUUCUGGCUUCAAGUGGUACCAAUCGUCACCUCAAUGUGUGGGAUUUGAGCAAAAUUAGAGAACAGUCAGCUGAGGACCCAGAAGAUGGGCCUCCAGAACUGUUUAUUCACAGAGGACACUUUGCCAAGAUUUCAGACUUCAGUUGGAACCCCAAUGAGCCUUGGGUUACCUGCUCAGUGUCUGAGGAUAACAUCAUGCAGAUAUGGCAAAUGACUGAAAAUAUUUACGAUGAUGAAGAGUCGGAUGUCACAACUUCAGAACUGGAGGGACAAGGAUCUUAAACCCAAAGUAUGAGAGCUAUUUUUGUUGAAUGUAAUGCUACACGAAUGCUUGAUUUCUCAAGCGCCAAAACAGCGUUGUAUAGUGGGAAAUGUUAAGUGGGGUGGCUUAUGGCAUUCUU